AUGGAGACGGCAGAGAAGAUCAACAAGGGGGCAGAGGAUGAGAUGGAGAUUUACGGUUACAAUCUGUGCCGAUGGAAGCUGGCUCUGGUAGCUGUCGGGGUGCUGUGUACGGGGGGCUUCCUCCUCCUCCUCCUCUACUGGAUGCCUAAGUGGCGUGUGAAGGCUACAUGCACACGAGCGCCGCUGAAGGACUGUGACGUUGUGCUUCUGAGAACAACUGAUGAAUUCAGGCAAUGGUUUUGUGCUAAGGUCCGCGUCCUUUUGUCUCCGGGAACAGACCCUUUUCAGAGACCGGGGUCUUUGACAAGCAAAGUAACCAAUGGUCAUGCAGGGCACCUUCCCGAAAGUCCCUCCGAGCACAGUGAAGACCAUCCGAUGAACAAUACCACAAUCCCUUUACAAGAGGUUCAUUAUUUUGUGCAUCACAGUGUAACCUACUACUGGAACGACCUGCAGCAAACAUUCAGUUUCUUAAGGGGUCUGGAUGAGGGCAUUCCAUGCUCUGAAAUUCACAAUGAACACAGCAAGGGGUUAAAUAAAGAGGUCCACGAUUAUAGGAAACUGUUUUAUGGAAUAAAUGACAUUACUGUUAAAGUGCCUUCUGUUAUGAAGCUUCUGGUUAAAGAGGUUCUCAAUCCUUUUUACAUUUUUCAACUGUUCAGCGUUAUCUUGUGGAGCACAGAUGAAUAUUACUACUAUGCAUCAGCGAUUGUGUUAAUGUCCGUUAUAUCCAUUAUUAGUUCUCUGUACACUAUUAAAAAGCAAUAUAUAAUGUUACAUGACAUGGUUGCAGCUCACAGUAUUGUCAGAGUUUCUGUGUGCCGAGGAAGUGAAGAACCAGAGGAAAUAUUAUCUACUGACCUGGUACCUGGAGACAUCAUGGUUAUACCACCCAAUGGGACCAUCAUGCCAUGUGAUGCUGUAUUGAUCAGUGGAACCUGCAUUGUAAAUGAGAGCAUGUUAACAGGUGAAAGUGUUCCAGUAACAAAGACAAAUUUGCCAGAUCCUUCAACGGAUUCCAGAGGGCCAGAUAAUGAGAUCUACAGCACAGAAACGCACAAGCGCCACACUUUAUUUUGUGGGACCAAUGUCAUCCAGACCAGAUUCUAUGCUGGAGAACCUGUCAAAGCCAUAAUUGUUCGGACAGGAUUCAGCACUUCUAAAGGACAGCUUAUACGUUCAAUACUGUAUCCAAAACCAACGGACUUCAAACUUUACAGAGAUGCCUACCUGUUUCUGCUGUGUCUUGUAGCUGUGGCUGGAAUUGGCUUCCUUUACACCGUUGUAAACAGCAUUUUAAACAAGGUCCCAGCUGGCAUUAUUGUUAUUGAAUCACUUGACAUCAUAACCAUCACAGUACCUCCUGCCCUUCCUGCUGCCAUGACUGCUGGGAUUGUGUAUGCACAGAGGCGAUUAAGGAAACUCGGCAUCUUCUGUAUCAGUCCCCAGAGGAUAAAUAUCUGUGGACAACUGAACCUCAUCUGCUUUGACAAGACAGGUACUCUCACUGAAGAUGGAUUAGACCUCUGGGGAAUUCAAAGAGCAGAGAAUUCUCAGUUCCUUUUGCCAGAAGAUAAAGCUUGCAGCGAGGCCUUGGUCAAGUCUCAGUUUGUUGCUUGUAUGGCAACGUGCCAUUCACUCACAAAAAUUGAUGGAGUUCUUUCAGGUGACCCUCUUGAUCUUAAAAUGUUUGAAGCCAUAGGAUGGAUUCUUGAUGAGGCCACUGAAGAGGAGACUGCACUUCACAACAGGAUAAUGCCAACCGUUGUCCAACCCCCCAAACAACCUCCAACGGGGCACAAGCCUGCGGACAGUCAGGAAAUGGAACUUUUUGAGAUUCCGACUACUUAUGAAAUCGGAAUUGUUCGUCAGUUUCCAUUUUCUUCAGCGCUGCAGCGCAUGGCUGUGGUUGCUAGAGUCCUGGGGGAAAAGCGGAUGGAUGCUUAUGUGAAAGGGGCCCCGGAAGUGGUGGCUAGUCUCUGUAAAAAAGAUACAGUUCCGUCUGAUUUUGCCAGCGUUCUAGAAGAGUACACAAAGCAGGGAUAUCGCGUCAUUGCACUUGCACACCGGAGGCUGGAGUCCAAAAUUGCAUGGCAUAAAGUCCAAAACAUUAGUAGGGACGCCAUUGAAAAUAACAUGACAUUCCUGGGUUUAAUUAUUAUGCAAAACAAGCUGAAACAAGAAACACCGGCCGUUCUAGAAGACCUGCGCAAAGCCAACAUCCGAAUGGUCAUGGUCACUGGAGACAACAUGCUAACCGCAAUUUCUGUUGCCCGAGACUGUGGGAUGAUUCUACCUCAAGAUAAAGUCAUUGUAGCCGAAGCACUACCUCCCAAGGAUGGCCAGACGGCCAAGAUCACCUGGCUGUAUGCGGACAGCAUGCCAAGAAGCAACUUGAAUGCCAUCAAUUCAGAGGGUAUCCCAGUUAAGGUGGUAAAUGACAGUCUGGAAGAUAAUCAGAUGAUCGAUUAUCACUUUGCAAUGAAUGGCAAAUCAUUUGCAGUUAUUCUGGAGCAUUUCCAGGAUCUUGUUCCAAAGCUGGUGUUACACGGCACGGUAUUUGCACGCAUGGCUCCUGAUCAAAAGACGCAGCUGGUGGAAGAAUUGCAGAAUGUAGACUAUUAUGUUGGCAUGUGUGGCGAUGGAGCAAACGAUUGCGGAGCACUGAAGAGAGCCCAUGGAGGGAUAUCACUGUCUGAACUGGAAGCAUCCGUUGCCUCUCCUUUCACCUCCAGGACUCCCAGCAUUUCUUGCGUCCCCAACCUUAUCCGGGAAGGACGAGCUGCUUUGAUCACUUCGUUCUGUGUGUUCAAGUUCAUGGCUCUGUACAGUAUUAUACAAUACUUCACAGUUACCCUCCUGUAUUCGAUCCUCAGCAAUUUAGGGGACUUCCAGUUUCUGUUUAUUGACCUGGCGAUUAUUUUAAUAGUAGUGUUUACAAUGAGCUUGAACCCUGCCUGGAAAGAUUUGGUAGCACAGAGGCCGCCCUCCGGGCUCAUCUCAGGACCACUGCUCUUUUCUGUCCUCUCUCAAAUCCUCAUCUGCGUCGCUUUCCAGACAGUUGCUUUCAUGUGGGUGAAAGUGCAGCCAUGGUACGAAGUCUGGACGCCCAGCACCAAUGUUUGCAACAUCUCCUCUGAUAUUCAUAUUGGCAACACUACCGAACACGACGAACACAACAUCAAAAACUUUGAGAACACCACACUGUUCUUUGUGUCUUCGUUCCAGUACCUCAUUGUGGCAGUUGUGUUCUCUAAGGGAAAGCCAUUUCGACAGCCAAGCUACAAGAACUAUCUGUUUGUCACAUCAGUGUUGGCUCUGUAUGCCUUAAUAUUGUUCUUCAUGCUAUAUCCCAUUGAUUCCAUUAACGACUUCUUUGAGUUGGUCUGCGUUCCUUACCAGUGGCGGAUUUCCAUGCUUAUCGUUAUAGCUGCAAACACUCUUGUGUCUGUCUUGGUAGAGAAUUUCGUCCUUGAUAUGAUACUUUGGAAGCUUGUGUUCAACAGAGACAAGCAAGGAGAGUCCCAGCACAUGGUCACCCACACUCCACAGGAGGCCAAUGAUCAUUUUGCGUCGAGAUUCUUGUCGUGGCUGUGUUUCUGCAAAAAGAAGACUCCAAAAGCCAAGUACAUGCAUUUGGCACAAGAGCUUUUGGUGGAUCCAGACUGGCCUCCCAAGCCAAGAACGACUACAGAAGCGAAAGCACCUGUGCAAGACAACGGCAGCUACCAAAUUAUCACCAUUACGUAGCAGUUAAUACCAAAUUUGGCUUUAUUUUAUGAUUGUUUGCUUUGCAGCAGUUGGCGAAUGGGCCGGAAGUACAUUGUCAGUUCUUCUUGCAGCUAGCUGGCUAAAUGAUAAGGAAAUUGAAUCCAA